GAGUCGUGGCAUUAAUAGUGUCACAUAUAUGUUCUCAUUUCAAAUUAGUCUUUACACAUUUGGAAACUCAACAAGGAUCAUCAACAAGAUCUUCACAACUUCCUUCACUGCUUCUCUGUUUUUAAACACAAUCGUAAGUGUGAUUUCUUCAGAAUUGUUGGAUUUUUAGCAUCGCGAUUUUGUAGAUGAUGGAAGUAGUGCACGUACCAGAAAUUGUACUGAACUCAGGCUACAAGAUGCCUGUGUUAGGCAUGGGAACUGCGACGUAUCCCAUCCCGCGGACAGAUGAGUUCACAUCUAUUUUGGUUGACGCCAUUGAGACAGGAUAUCGACAUUUUGAUACUGCCGCGCUUUAUGACUCGGAGGAGGCACUUGGCAGGGCAGUGGCGGAAGCAAUCGAACGGGGCAUUAUAAAGAGUCGACAAGAAGUGUUCAUUACGUCUAAGUUAUGGUGCAACGAUGCCCACCCUCAACUUGUCCUUCCUGCCCUCAAAAGCACACUUGGGAAAUUGGGGCUAGAUUUCGCGGACUUGUAUCUAAUACACUGGCCGAUAAGCAUGAAACCCGGGCCGGUUGAUUUCUUCAAUUUCAAAAAGGAAGACGUUGUCCCUUUUGAUAUGAAAGGGGUAUGGAAAGCCAUGGAGGAGUGCUGUAAUUUGGGCCUAGCCAAGUCUAUUGGAGUCAGCAAUUUCAGUUGCACAAAGCUCUCACAGCUCCUUCAAAUUGCUACCAUUCCUCCGGCAGUUAAUCAGGUAGAAAUGAAUGUGGCAUGGCAGCAACAAAAACUGCUAGA